AUGCUCAGACAGAGCUUGGUACAACUGGAGCAGGUGUCCCUAUCUCCGAAAGAUAAAAGAGUAUGUGGAUGGAUCGUUAGAGGGAUAAUAGCGCAAUGUGUAUUGGUGUUUGCUGGAGCAGCAACGAUAGAUUUCUGCGUGUGGUCUCCAGAACAUUCUUCGCACGACUACGACAAGCUAGCCAGAAUAAUGUAUCUUUACGACCCCGACGCCUGCGGUUACAAUCUUCGAGCGUCGAGCUCUAUAUGGAAUUUGAAAUUUAAUAACGACACGCGGGUUAUGAAUAUACGGCCUAUUGAAUGGAUUCCAGCCGUCGUGACUGUAUCUACUCGACUCUCAGCUAAAACUAGAAAAUACGUUAGACUAAGCGUCUAUGUCCAUUCUAUGUGGAUAUCAGUAGCAAUUGCUUUGCAAAUGUUCAAGUCAACGACUAAACUACGCUUUCUCAAACUUCUUCUCGACACAGUCUUCUAUUUUAGCGUCUUUGUCAUCGUCUAUGAUUUGUCAAUGGCUAUUGUCUACGUUGCUCACAUACAACAGAGCCUGACAAAAGGAAUGAUUCUGAGGUACAGUGGUUGGAGCGUAGAAAUGAAGAUAAAACGUUAUGAUGACUUCGGUGGUUGGCUACCGAUCAUCGCUUGCAUUUGCUGGAUGAGGGGAGUUUUCGUCCUCGCUCUGAAUGUCUAUUGGUGCAGGAUUCUUCUUUUUGUUAGACGUAGGAUCAGAAAAAGUGAAGUGAGAACUAGAUUGACAUUAGAAGAAAACUUUCCUAUACCAGAGCCGAAAUACCAAGAACCGUUUGAUGAUAAAGUACUUUAUUAUAGAGCGGGAGAAUUCAAGCCAAUAUCUAAGAAGUCCUACAGAUCAAUAUUUUUUUAA